AUGGAGAGGAAGAGUUCGGGGUGCUAUGAGGCCCCAAAGAAGCGGGGCCUGUCCUUCUCCAUUGAGGAUAUCUUAAAGAGGCCAGCUGAGAGGAGCGAUGUGGUCAGGCCGGAAGGGACAAGUGGACAGGGAACCAGGCAGGCAACAGCUGCAGAUUUUGGGCCGGAGAGACCCCCACAGGACCAGCUCAAAGAGGGGAAGAAGGGUAAGCGGAGAAUCCGAACCACCUUCACCACAGAGCAGCUGCAGGAGCUGGAAAAGAUCUUCCACUUCACUCACUAUCCUGACGUCCACGUCCGCAACCAGCUGGCAGCCAGGAUCAACCUACCAGAAGCUCGUGUGCAGAUCUGGUUCCAGAAUCAGCGAGCCAAAUGGCGGAAGCAGGAGAAGACAAACAGCCUUGGGGCUUCGCAACUGCCAAGGGAGGCCGGCUUGGCCCCGCCCACAAACCCGGACGUGGCCGGCCCCAUGCUGCCACUCCCUGCACAGCCCAGGCUGCUUCCUCUCACCAGGUGCUGUCCACCAGCUCAAGGUCAACUGACCUCUGCCUGGCUCCCCACCCAGAUCGCCCUCCUCCCAUGCCACCCAUGGGAGACACAGCCUCUGCCAGGCCCUCUCAUCAUCCAGCAUACCUGCAUCCCUACACUCUGCUUGUUCCCACCUCCGCACCCCAGAGGAGGCAUCAUCUGUACCACCUCCAUAACAGAGACUGGACAUCCUCUUCUGAGUGGAGCCUCUCUCCUCUCCAGGUGA